AUGAAAAAUGAGAUUGAUCUUUAUUAUGUUGGAGAAGGUGACCUUGGAGUAACAGCAAUAAUAAAGGAAAUAAAAAUGGCUGGGGCAAAUAUCUAUAAUAAUAAUAAUCAAUUUACCAAAGUAAGUACUAUUGAUGAAGAUGAAAAGUGUAAGGCUGAUGUUGAAGUUUGA